AUGUAUGAAAAGUGUUUCAUUUCAUUUACAUCGAGAAGAAAACUGGAAGCCGCUGCAAUUCUAGCGCGAUGCUAUCAAGUACAAAAACAACGCACAAAGAAAUUCACAAGGCGCAGCUGCACGCGUACUCAGAGAAGUCGGAGCCUGUGCAGAACCUGUCGGGCGCACAAUAGCGCGCCUAUUUUUCCUUUUCCACCAGCGCCAAUCGACCGAGAGGUGAAAGUACUUACACGCAAAAAGCCAGAGUGCGGGAGCCCUGUUCUAACGCGUUCCAAAUAUAGGGUCGGCUGGAUAAUAAUUCUGUUACAGUAGGAGUAGGACUUCGGAAUACGAAUUGGGGCGUCAUUUUUACAGAUAUUGUAGCAACAUGAAUCGAAGUAAAAGGCUUUUAUUUGAUUUCCGGCUGGUCACCGGAAGCGCAGCGGGGAAAGAUCAAUAUAAUCAACCGGUGGCAUAAACAGACACGGACGCAGUAAACGACGCAGCCUGUCUCCCUUGGUGUGAAAAAGUCGGAAGAUGUACCACGCGCCAGCGGUGGAUACGCGCCCCAAAGGCGACAGCGCCGCCAAAGCCCUGACGUGAGUCGGCGAGGCCCCAGCGGGAAAAAUCGCCGAGGGCGCAAGCCGCGCACCUACCUCGAUAGCGACAGAGCCGCCCCAAGUCCGUCUGCGCCAAGCUAGGCGCGCCCCAUUGCCUGAGAUGCGCCCGCUCGUGAUCUGACCGGGCUCUCCGUUGGCUUCGCCGGUGCGAGCAGCCCGCCCGCGCGACCCACCGAGUCCGAUCAUGGCCCGCGACACCUUCCCGCGGCAGCGGUGGGUCUCCCGGUUCGGCGGGAUCCUUCUGGGCCCUGUGGGCCCAGCGUCGCAGUUGCUGCCCAUCUGGCCGCGCCUGCCUUGCAAGUGUUCGCCCCAGGCCGACGCCCGGGCGGGCCGCGGACCAGAUCGGUGGACCGAACACAGGGCAGUAGUGGCCAGGCCCGUCGGCAGACCGACGCACCCCGCGGCCGUACCUUGGCCGGGCCGCGCCGGCUAACUCCUUGCGAGCGAAGCUGCGGGCCUCUCGCUAAGUGAAAAGGGCCCCGCGGCGCGCAUGCGCCGAGUGAGAUUGGCGCGCACCCAGCGCAGCCGCGCAGAACUUGCUAGCCGUUCCCACACCCUGGCCGGCCCCCUAGCAGGGGGAUCGCGGAAAGGCCGAGGGGAGUCCUCCUGUAUGCACUCCGCCCCGCGGCCCCGGGGGGGCGCCCGCAAUCCUCCGGGGGCACGCACAAGCGCCACCGGCCAUGGCGCUCGCCCACGUCCGCCCGCCGUAGGGCAGUGCCUGCCAAAACGCCGAACACGUGGCAGCCCUUGCGGCCGUGGAGCAGGGGCGCGCUGUGUCAGCCGGGUCGGGGCCGCUUCGCGGGCCCACACAUAGACCACGCGGGCAGGAACCGCACUCCGCAGCAGUACGCGGGGUGAUGUGCAGAAGCGCGCAUCUGAGGCUUCCGCGGAAGCAGGGGCCCGGCCUCCACUCGAACAAAGUAAGGAAGCGCGCGGCGCCCCCGCGUGUCUCCUGUGUCCCGACAACACUUACGCCAAUUUGAUAGCGCAAAUUCGGGCUUUGCUUUUUCCUUUGGUUGACGAUGUCCUGCGCUUUUGGCCUCAGGAUGAAGGAACAGAAAACUUUGGCAAAGGUGGCGCACUUAUCCUGCAGGAGCGGAAAAUCCUGGGCCUCCGGACAACGGUCAUGCACUGUCAUACCCACUAACAUUACUUAUUCGAACAAUCUCCUAUAUACU